CAGAAAUACAUUCGAUCAUUUUGUCUAAAAUGCAGAGCUACUGAAAACAAGAAUCACGGAAUAUCAGAAACAUUUCACUGUCUGAACACCAUUGUCCUCAAAUGGGUGGGCAGGUAACCCGUACUAUUCUACAAGGAGGAUCCCUUCACCGCCACCCCCUGAAGGAAAGCAUGUAUCCAGAUCCACAAGCCCCUUUGUCACUUUGUUUCCAUGCCAACACAAAAGGUUCUCAGAUCCUGAUGGACAAGACAAAGCGCAGCGUGCGCCGAAUUGCCAGCUUCUGUAAUGCCAUCACCUUCACCAACCGACCAAUCAAGAUCUACGAACAGGUCCGGCUGAAGAUAACAAAGAGACAGGGUUGCUGGAGUGGUGCCCUGCGAGUGGGUUUCACUACGGUGGACCCGUCUGAUCUCAGUUCAGCCUGGCUGCCACGAUUUGCCUGCCCAGAUCUGGUGUGCGAGAGGGGAUUCUGGGCCAGAGCGCUUCCCGAGGAGCGGUGUGAAGAAGGAACCAUUCUCUCCUUCUGGUUAGAUAAUACAGGGCGAGUGUUUUACCAGGUUAACGAGGGCACUCCGAUCUUCUUCUUCAGUGGCGUACCAGCCGCAGAGCCAGUAUGGGCGAUCAUUGACAUUUACGGGCUGACCCGUGGUGUACAGCUACUUGACAGUAAGAUGGUCCCAGAUGAAUAUUUCAGUCCUGCUGUAACUCAUGAAGUGAUGGAUGACUGGCACCUGUCAAGCAACUGCUCCAAGCUUGACCUGCAGGAAGAUCUGCCAUCCUUUUCAAGCUCCCCAAAUUCCCUCAACUCAGUGCUGUUGCCACAGUUUCACGAUGACUUGCAUUUCCACUAUGUCCAUGGCAACGGUCUACGUCUAGUGACUGAACACAUAGCAGUACGCUAUUACAACAGGCAUGAGGACUGUGCUUUGGUGUUCACACAUCGACCGUUGUGCUGUGGCGAAUGUGUUUUCUUAAAGGUUUUACUGAAGUCUCAAACAGCCACACCCACUCUGAAUAGUUUUUUGUCUUAUGGAUUCACUUCCUGUAACCCAGCCCACAUUAACCCAAAGCACUUACCGGUCAAUCCAGAGGACCUGCUGGAUCGCAGAGAAUUCUGGGCUUUUGGCUGCCUCACUUCCCCACUCGUGGGUGGAGAUAUCAUUGGUUUCCGGGCAACUGCAGAAGGGGAAGUGCUCGUGAGUCAUAAUGGUGGGAGAGCCUACCGAGAGAUUUGUGUGGAUAAUUCCACUCCUCUCUGGAUGAUCUUCAAUUUACAAAUGCAUAUCAAGCAAAUCAGCAUACUGGGUACAUCCCGUGGUUACUCUCCAUCCUCUUCCGAAAUUCACAUGAUUAACAUUAAUAAUUACAGAUAUCCCUCAGCCAAUCGUAUUCACAGUACAUCAGUCAGGGGAUUUAUUGACACCUUUAAGCCCCACCCACACAGCCUCAGCAGUUCUGCAGGGACAACGUCCAGCUCACCGUUCUCAGAAUCUCCCAAUACGCCAUCAUGCUGUGUGAUUACUGGAGAAGAGUGUUUGAUUUGCUGUGAGAGGCCAGUGGACUCAGUGCUGUAUGCAUGCGGACACAUGUGUGUGUGUUCCAUUUGUGGUGGGAAGCUAAAAGAGAUGUCAAACCCGUCCUGCCCCAUGUGUCGCAGCCCAAUCAGAGACAUCAUUAAAAUAUACCGCAGCAUGUAACCUGGCCACCUGGCAUCCACAAUUCCCUAUUUAAAAUGUAAACAUGGUGGUGUGCUACAGUGGCUAAUGCCCAGGGCCAGAAUGUUGAAGACUGCUGGUUUGAGCCUCCCAAGGAAUGAGCUGUGAUCCAUCAUCAUUGUUACCUUGAGAAAACAAUCUACCUUGAGGUUGCUCUGGGGUACUAUCCUUUGUAUGUUGCUUUGGAUAUAAAGUAAACAUCUGCUAAAUGACCAAAAAGCUGAGAAAACACAGAUGUGGCACAACAUUUACACAAUGCAAAAUUAAAAGAUUGUUCAGCUCUCUGGACUUGCAUAUGGCUGGGAGUGCAUAAUGGGAAAGUAAGCUACUAUGAGAUUUCAAAUUUUCAGUUUGACAAUGUCAUGGUAACUUCUUAUGAAUCUGUUAACAUGUUUUUGUAGUUCUUAAAAAGCUGUGUUAUUAUAUAAAACUAUUAA